AUGGCUAAGGAGAAGCUCUCGCGAACAAGCACUGGCGACAACGUGACAUGGUCGCUUCUGCGCGACGCGCAGCUGUACCGGCUGGGGGUGGCGCUGGGCGCGGCGCUGGCGGCCAGCUGGGUGCUGGGGGCGGCGGGGGCGUCUGUGGCGUGGCUGGUGCUGCUGCUGGCGGCGGCGGGCGCCGUCUGGAGGCAGUCCGUGUGCUCGCUGCUCGAGGCCGCUGCCGCCUUUGAGGCUCUGCGCGUGCGCAGGAGGCGCGCCCUGGCCGCCGGCGAGACCGCCGAGUGGCUCAACGUCGCCAUCAACAGGUGGUGGGUGCUGAGCUCGGACAGCGUGUUCGCCCUGGUCAAGGAGCAUCUGGAGCCGCUGCUAAACGACGCGAAGCCAGGCAUCGUCGGUAAGUCUCACAUAGUCUGUCCUCACUUUUCUCGCCUUUAA